AUAUAAUUAUAAGAUGAAUCGAUAAGUUUGAAAUAACGAAGAAGAGAUUUUUCAAUACACUUGAAAUCUCGAAACCGUGAAAGCACUAAUUUACAAUUUUCGAAUCACCUCGAAUCCAUUACUACCCGACAAAGACGGCAAUAGAUCAACCCAAGACGAAAAAAGAUCAGGAAACGGGAGCGAAAGAGAGGGAGAGGAGCAGCGAGGAACGUUGAGGAGAGGUGGUGGAGCCAAGCUCGAACGAGAGGCGUGGAGAGAAGAAGAGAGAGAGAGAGAGAAAGAGAGGGAGAGAGAAAAGGCGAGAGGCCACGAGUGAGUGGUCUACUCUACCGCAGUUAUGCCGACCGGCUCAACUCGGGUGCCGCCAAAUCGAACCCCGGUUCGAAUUCCGCACUACCGUGGCCGCGAGAAAGAAGCCGAAGAGGAACAAGAAGAGGGUGAGGACGAGGACGAGGAAAAGGAAGAAGAGACAAAAACGACGAAGGAAAGAUCUGUGAAAAAAGGUGACCGAAAAAGGAGAGGGGGAGGGGAAAAAAAAAAAGAAACGGAAAGAAAAAGGCACGUGUGUCGUGUGAGAAAGAAACAAGUAAAAUAGGAGAAGGAAGGGACAAAGGGAAAAGGUACGUCGCGUGAAGAAACUUCCUGCCUUCCUGUGUACCUGUGUAGAAAAAACAAGGGGUCCAAAAGAGGUGGGAUGGCCGCGGGGUAGAGAGUGGGGGCAGAGGCGCGUUCGACGAUGGAGCAGCGGGUCGAGUGAUAAAAAAGCGAGCAAAAAGGCGAGCAAGAAGGUUGGACAGCGUGCUCCCGGUCGUUAGUGAGGUGCAAGUAAAAGAAGGAUGAAAAAGGCAUUGUUGCUCGAGCCGAGUCCACUCUCGUCGUGUUUUUUUACCUUUCCUCUCUCUCUCUAUCCUUCUUCUUUCCUUUCCAUUUUUCUUUUCUCUCUCUCUCUCUUUCUUUUUUCUUUUCGCUUCUUUAAUGCCUACUUCUUUUCGACUCAAGUGAAUGUGUGUCGCGUGUGAGAAGGUUGGAGUUUUUUUUCACGUGCUUUGGAAGACUAACACGGUUAAAACGAUGUCGUGUUUUUUUUGAAAAAGAAGAAAAAAGGGAAGGAUAAAGGAUUUGUGAUAAUUUUUUUUUUUCUUUUUCUUUGGUGUGUCGUUUCGAAAAAAGGGAAGGGACAGAAGAAAGAUUUUGGAGAAAGGAAUCACGUAAGAAGAAGAAUUGGCAAUAUUUUUUUCGAAGAUGGAAAGCGUGGAGUUGUACCUUCGGGGUCGUGGAUAUUUUCUGCGACGAUGAUUCAGAGACGGGCAGCGAUCAUAUGGCGCGUAUUUACGACGCGGAACGAUCGUGAUUCGACAGCGAGAGAUUGACAAGCAGGACAAGAGUGAGCAUAGUGAGUGCAUGAUUUUCAAUACCUCUGUGAAAUUUUUUUCUCAAGUUCUUUCUUCGACUUUUAGAAAUAUUUUUGGCACUGAGAAUAUAACAAACAUUGAAGUUUGAAACAAGUUUGGAUCUAUACUCUGAAGAAAAUUCCACGUGUAAAAGAGAAAUUCUUGCUUGCAUAAAAACUAUAAAGAUCAUGAUACAAUAUAAUUUGGCCAAAUAUAAAUAACUAUAUGAAAUAAAAAAGAAACGACACAGUUUGGAAACAAAUCUAUCCUCUACAAAAUCUAUACAGAAAAUGAAGAACGAAAUCUUUAGCAUUUGAAGAAUCUAAAGUUAAAACAAGGAAGAUUCUACUAUUUCACAUAAGAAUUAAAAAAGAACAAUGAUCUAUUACUAAAAACUCAUCUCUAUUCUUCUAAAAAGUUCUUUCAUAAAAAGGGAAAAAAAAAAAAAAAAGAAAAACUCAAUUGACAAAAAUUAAAACCAAGAAUCCAAUAGGAUCCGCCUACGCGAAAAUAAGAAAAAAUUCCAAAGAAAAUGCUCGUCAGAAAUUUUCACCGUGAAUCUCCAACAUCGAAUCGAAAUUUCCUCGACAAAAGUAACGACGAGGAAGCAAGCAACCCUGUCUCAAAAUCCAUCUCCAAUCUUCCGAAAGAUCCUCUCCUCUCGUAGGGAAGAGAGAGAGGGAGAGAGAAAGAGAAAGAAAGAGAACGAUACCACCGAGAGAAUCUCGAGAUUCCGAGUAUUCCCUGUGAAAACAGAUCUUUCGUAGAGGCAAACAGCGUCGAAAUUUCACUGCAACCUAUAUGGAGAAACACGUUGGACCCUUGGGAGGGGGUGGGAGAAAAAAUUCGGCCGCGAUAAAUUCGGAUCAGCGGCGCGGAUAAAUCGAAGGCAGGGAGAAAUCGAAGCGAAGGAAGGGAGGAGCCGGAAGAGGAAGAUCGCGCGACCGGAUAAAACCUCGCGCGAAUAAAUUGAAAGAAAUAGACAAGGACAAAGGGCAGGUGGAGGGAGGGGUGGUGGACGGUCGAAAACGCUGAUAAACGGUUGAAUAAUGGGCGGGCAAAUUGCAGGAGCGGAGGAGGAGCGCGUGAUAAACGUACGGACGAUGCAAAUCCUUUUGGGCGAGGCGCGGACGUUUCGGAACUGGAUGGGAAGCGCGGCGUUUCCGCGCCUUGUGUGUCCAAUUUUUUAUCGUGGAAAUGAUGACUCUGAUGAUGAUUGAAUUUUCGAUACAUAGCUCUUUUCUUACAUCUUUUUUAAUCGAUCGAGAUGAAGGGUGGAAGAAUUAAGGAUCGGAUGAAAGAGAGAAUUUGGAGAGAGUAAGAGGGAAGAAAAAGAAUUUUGAGACAAAGGAUUUGGAAUUGAAAGGAAAAUCUGUAUUUAAUUGGGAGGAAGUAAAAAAAGAGAGGAGCCAAGACAAAUUUAGAAGAAAAAUAUAAAACUCGCGAAAUAUCAAGGAGAAGAGAAGGAUCUCGGGAAGAAGUUUGAAAAAAGAAGAAUCGGAAGAGAAGCCCAUAAAGGGAAGGAAAAUCUGAAGGUGGUAGUUCAACGCCGCAAAUCCAAUUUUAAAAGCUUCACGUGAGAUUAAACGCCACUUGAACGCUUCUCCCAUGACUUUAAACUCGCUUCUUAAUGGCGCAAUAAGUUCCAACGUGUCCACGGCUAUCAAGCGAAAGUUACAAACUAUCCUGUUGGAAAAAAGUUAAUAGCUGAUCGUAAAGGGAGUAAACCACGCAUAAUAAAAAUCAGCCUAAACGCGCAAUUUUCUCAAAUAGUGUUUCCUUUGUGUUCCUUUAAAGAAAAACUGCAUCUAAGACAGUGAUUCUAAUCUCGAUUUUGAUUUCAAAUUUCGAUGAUAAGAUAAGAUAAACGUAACACGACGUAGACGAAUUAAAAGAUUUAAAAAAUUUAUCUGAAGUGAUAUUUUUCGUUUCUUUUUCUUUUCUUUUUUUUUUUUUUUGUUGUUGUGAUCGUGAGAUUUUUGUUGUUGAAAUUAAUGAAAAUGAUGACGACUACUGCCGGUGUUGGUGGGGCCGGGAUGCUGAGGACCAGGCGCAGGGAUUGCAGCGUGAAACCGAACAGGAAACUCGACCGGAAAUCCUCGAGGGGGAUGAUUUAUGAGAACGAGGAGCUUAGACUGAGGACUAUUCACAUUAACGCCGAAGUGGAGCAAGGUCAGAACGACAUCAAGAAGCUGCGAAGAGAGAACGAGCAGCUACGUAGAGAGAUAUGGAGCCUCAGAGACGAGUACGACAAGCUCGAGGAGAUACUGAAGAGACAGAAGAGCCGCGGAGAAAGCGAAGAAUACGAGGAUCGCUCCGACGAGGAUGACGAUGUGCGAUCGGACUACUCUUUCGAGGAAGGGGAGGAACUUAGCGAGAAUGGACAAGAGGAUGCGACCAAGGAACCGGAGCAACUAGAAAACGCGGAGAAUCAAAAAAUUUCCACUGAAAAAAUGGCGAGUAGCGCGCUGCACAGGUUGCACGUGGAUUUCGACGAUCUUUCGGUGGUCGACGAGGAGGAGGAGCCUAAAAGAGACAAGAAAGAGAUCUCUUCCGAAGAUAAUUCGCAAUUCAAAGAGGAGAAAAGUUCCCUUUCCAUCCUGAAAUCGAGGCAGCUUCACGAAAACGUCCCCUUCUAUCCUGGCGCAUAUCAAUCACCGACUUGCCUAAGCAGCCCAGCUUACUACACCGAGUGUCCCUUCAAAUUUCCAAGCACGUUGAAUCUGAUGAUGUCUACCGAACCAGCGUCGAUGCUGACCACUACUCCCUGCCCGCCAAUAAACGCAGAUCCCAUAAUCCCGAUAGAUCCACUGUUGCCUUCAGUGAGCUUGGGUGGGCCAAGCGUGGAUCAAAUCAACGACCAGAUACUGCACGCGCCACCUGCAGGCUGGCAGAGCAACGUUAUGAUACCUGAAACGCAGGUGGCCACGUUUGGAACAACCGAUGCUAAUUUAACGAGCGUGCAGGCAUUUGCUGGGAUUCGUCAAGAUCAGGCAAAACCUGUUGAGCAGAUGAUCGGUGAUUUUGCCUUGCCAACCUCUUUCCACAGAAGAAAGAUCGAUGGUUCGAUGAUAACGAAUAAUACGAUCAACCCUAGUGUAGCUGGGAGUACGCUCAAGAACACGGAGAAUAUUGUCGAGAAUGGAUGGAGCACGGGUGAAAAUUUGAAGGAUUCGUUGGAUCGGAGCGAGAGGACGAAGGAGGAGAGUCCUGUGUCGGGAAGCGAGAAGCCGAAACACUUUUUCGCCCCGUUGCCUUCGAAAAUAAAGAAACAGAGCGAGGAAUCUUCGCCCACGAUCAGUUAUCUUGGGAAUAGUUCGAGCAGCGAUAAGACUGGAUCCACUAUAAUCCUCAAGAAUCAAUUAACGAAAGGAUCAGCUGACGUAUACGUGAACGGGGCGGUUCCGUACGAGGACAAUUUCCCGAAUAACAAAGGUGAACAGAGAACGUUCCUGAGCACGGACAAUUUGCUGAUCGAGAACGCGAAAUCUAGCAACGGUAAUCAAUUAACAAAAUCGAUGUCAUGGCAAGAUUUGUCCACGAAAUCGCAACCUGUCUCUGCCAAUCAGGCUGAAGGCAAGCAACAGAUGUUGACCCGAAGCGACAACACUUUGGACAAUAUAUCAGACUCGAAACCGUACAAGUCGUAUCUGAACGUAACUUUGAAGCCGCCACGCGCAGAGAGGGUGCCUGCUGCUCUUGAACAGGCGGCCAGCCCCGACACGCCUGAGAUCCCAAACUUGCCCACUAUAGACUAUCGACUUUUCAAGAAUCCCUUUCUACGAAGUUUCGAGGCGGCCGCUGGUUAUAUGAACCAAAACAACAUCACCAGACCCCUGUCGGUCCAAGUGAACGACGACAACCUGUGCUACUACCCAACGCCCCACCCUGAAACCUCCACCUUCAAGAGGGGGAUGAUACCUUUCGGGGACAAGUACAGGCAGGCUGAUCAGAAUCGUCUCCUCAUUCCUACCAAUCAAUUGAUCAACGGAAAACUGAUGUCCCCGGCGAACAAGCAUCAGAUCCAAGUGACUUCCUUCGAAAGGCCCAGUCCCCACACCCUCGUAGGCCCGUCGACGCCUUACGAGUUCAACGCUGGUCGCAGAUUGAACCCGAACCCGUAUCUGCACGGACAAAACAUUUACCAGAACGUGUCCUAUUUUUCGAGGGGCUGCUCCACAGUGUAUCCUCAGAGGGGGAUGAUGUACUACGAUAACUUGGCGCUGAAGGUGGCGGCCCAGACUCAGACCUCCAUAGACGGCGACUCUCAUCACGAGGACGAGCACGCGUUGUCCCACGAGGAGAGCGCGCCCAGCACGCCGAGCGGGCAGCGUAGAAAGAGGACGGUCAGAAAGGAGAAAGGGAACGUUGGCAAGGAACAGAAGUCUUUGUCGCCGGCCGCUCAGAGGAGAUUGAAGAAGCAGGGCAGCGUCACCUCGUCGGAAGUGCCCGAGUCUCCGGGCAAGGUGACCACCGCUCGAAAGAGGACAAGAAGGCUUAGCGUCACGACGACGACUACGUCAGAGGGGCAGGAGGACAAGAACGAGAGCAGGUCGUCCUCGUCGGGUCAAGAUUCGCCGAAGAAGGAGCAGCUGAGGAGGGUGUCUCUGUACUUCAACGCGAAGAAGAGGCCCUCGUUGACCUCGAUGAGGACAGUGAGGAGCGGCAGCCUGGACAUGGGCAGGGAAAAGGAGGCGCUCAACUCUGAGAGGGAGAGGACUAAUUCUGUUAGCAGCAGAGAGAUUGGCAACGAAGCCAAGACGAGGAAGGCGAGCACCAGCAGUGGGAACGUGCCUUGGUGCGCCUGUUGGGGCAACGGGUGUGUUUAGGGACUUGGUAAUUGGUUUUAUUGGCGGAUCUCCUCAGAUCUAAUUAAACGUUUUGUUUACGUUGCGGAGGUGGUUUAUCAAGGGUCUGGCCCUUAGCUUUCAUUUUAAUCAGUAUGAUGCGUGAUUCGUCGAAUGAACGAGUGAAAUUGUAAUAAUCGUCGAUGUUACGUCGAUUCUUUUUAAAAGAAGAAAUUUCUCUCCAGAAAGUUGAAAAGAUUCUCCUCUUAAGAGUCUAAAAUGUCCUGUUAAAUGUUGGAUUGCAAAUAUUGGAAAGGAUGUUUCUGAAUUGCGGGGAAAUAUGUAAAAAAUUUUUGGCGAAUUAUAUUCAGCAAGAAAUCGUUCACGUUUUCAAGGUGAGCCAGAUUUGGAAGGAUUCACCUUUAAGACGAGUGGUUUCUCGAGUGGCCAAGGGAAAUAUCGAACAGAAAGGAAGGGAGGACGAGGAGGAAGCGUAUCGACCUUUGGCGUAACUAUAAGGCAACCGCUGCAGCCAAUGGGAGAAGUCGUAAAACUAGGGCCAGGCGGAACCAGGACACCAUAAAACCAGUUACCAUUCAAGUGACAGUCGCAAGUCGUGGUAGUUCUUGCCAAGAAUACGAAAAUACGGUCUCUCGACACUUAAGGUGCAAGUGGAUCGAAUCAGGGGAUUAAUAUUUAAUCGGGCCUCAUCGAUGAUAGGUCUCGAUAAAAAUUUCAUGAAGAAACUGAGUCGGUGGAAAGUGGUGUUGUGGUAUUAUUAUAUAAUUUUUGUAUCUUAUCAUUUCUUGAUAACGUGAACAAUUUGGAUGGAAUGAAAGUUCGAUCGUUUUAUAUUUUAUAUUGGACUAACAAUUUGAAUUUAAGUUUAAGAAUAUUAAAUUAAGGAAUACUACGUCUGUGCAUUUAAUUAUGAUAAGGGGAUUCUUAUA